AUGCCCGAAAAGUCACCACCCGCUUUUGAGAAUAUAAACAAAACGAUGGGCAAGUUAUGCGCUUCAAGUACGACGAUUCUGGUUCGUCAAAAACAACGGGCAGUUUUAUGCCAUUUUUCGCCAGAAAAGCUCGCAGCAUUCACGUGCAGCGUGAACGAUGUUUUAGGAAAAGGAAACAAGACCGAAGUACUAAACAAUUUUUACCUCGUUUGGGGAGACAAGCUGCUUGAACUCUUCCAGCUCAGUCGAAGUGGUGCACCAGUGCAAAUGGAAUCUGCUCGAAAGCUACGGAUCGGCGCCGGUAAUAUACUACAACAGCCCCAAUUUAAAACUUGGGAUCAAGAGCUGGAGAAGACAAAGUAG